AUGAUCUCCACUCAUAUUCUCGCUUCAGGGAUAUCAUGCAUUGUUGCCCUGGUUGUCGUCGCGCGUCUGACUCGCAAACGUGCCUACCAUUUACCUUUGCCGCCUGGCCCCCCUCCGUUACCAUUUCUCGGUAACGCGCUGCAACUGGAUACUAAACGACCUUGGCUCACAUAUACUGCAUGGGGAAAGACAUAUGGGAAAAUCGUUUAUUGCCGCACAUUUGGGAUCAACUUUAUUAUCAUAAACUCUGAAGCCACCGCGCGGGAGCUGCUCGACAGGCGUUCUGGGAAUUACUCUUCUCGCCCCAUUAUUCCUACCAGCGAAUUAGCCGGAGUCGAUUUCAAUACUGUGUUCCUGCCAUAUGGCGAGACUUUACGGCGACAUCGCAAGAUCUUUCAUCAAGUUCUCAGAGCCGAUGUGUCAGCCUCACACCAUGAGAUGUACUCUCGUCACGCAAACGAACUAGUCGUCAAUCUCUUGGAUGUCACUAGCGACUGGCAGCAUCAGACUGAAAUAUACGCGGCAUCCCUAAUCAUGGCUGUGACAUACGGACACCAUGCUCACGGACAUGAAGACCCAUUUCUUUCCCGCGCGCGCGAACUCUUUGAUAUUGGCGAACAUGUCGCUUCUCCCGAGAAGUCUGGGAUGCUCAUAGCCUUUCCUUUCCUCAAAAAUUUGCCGUUGUGGUGCUUCGGUGGAGCAUUUUCCCUGAUGGGACGCAGUAGAGAAUUAGCUCAACAGCUUUUGAUCGAGCCCUUCAAUGAAGUAAAGGCACAGAUGGCAAAUGGUACUGCUUCAUACUCAUUAGUAGCUGACUUUCUCAGUCAAGCUCACGACAACGCUGACGAAGACACCAUGAAGGCUGUUGCGUUAACAGGAUAUUUAGUUGGCAUGGACACUACUGCGUCUGCAUUACAGACAUUUCUGCUGGCCAUGGUGCUCUAUCCUGACGUCCAAGCUCGGGCUCGCGCAGAAAUUGAUCAAGCUGUAAAACACGAUAGAAUGCCGUGCCUUGAUGACAGGGCGUCAAUGCCCUACCUUGAUGCCAUCCUCCGCGAGGUUCUGAGAUGGCAUCCUGUCGUCCCCCUAGGAAUUCCACAUGCGACGUCAAAUGAUGAUGUUUACGACGGGUACUUCAUACCCAAAGGUGCGAUGGUAAUGGUGAAUCAGUGGGCACUCUCUCGGGAUGAAGACAUAUUUCCCGAUGCAUCGCGCUUCGUGCCAAGUCGCCAUCUGACAGUCGACGGGAAGCUGAAAGACCCUUUCGUCAACCAUUUUGCCUUUGGUCAUGGGAGGCGUAUUUGUCCUGGUCGUUGGUUCGCAGAGAACAGUCUGUGGACUGCUACUGUUGCCAUACUCGCCGUCUUGCGCAUCAAUCAUGCCAAAGACUCGAACGGAAACAAGAUUGAGGUGAAGCCGGAGUUCACCACCGGCUUGGCGGUGUAA